CUGGGCUCACAUGUUGAAUAUGACUUGGGUUUUGGUGUGUGUGUGUUUUGGCCUGGGCGCAGGCUGCAGGCGAUCUGAACGCAGGGGAAGUGUGGACAUGAAUGCAGUGAAGAGCACUGAAAACGGUCCAGGUCAGAGCUGUGCAAGUACAGACCAUGACUCCAGCUAUAUGGGGAAACCGGACCUCCAACAAUCCCCACACAGAGAGCAUAGGAACGUCCUGCAGUUGAGACUCCAGCAGAGGAGGACACGAGAGCAGCUCGCAGACCAGGGCAUCAUGCCUCCCUUGAAGAGUCCGGCUGCAUUCAAUGAACAGAGGAAAAGUCUCGAGCGAUCCAAGACUGGCGAUUACUUAAAGCACAAAAUCAGAAGUCGUCCAGAUAAAACUGAGCUUAUCAACAUGCAUAUUCUACAAGAACCGGCCAGCGAGGCGUCGACACCAGACUCGCAGACCAAACUCAAGCGAGCCAGGCUUGCGGACGACCUGAACGAGAAAAUCGCUCUCAGACCGGGCCCGCUGGAGCUGGUUGAGAAAAAUAUUAUACCUGCCGAUUCGACUGUGAAAGAAGCCGUAAAGAAAGUGAACCAUGAGAAGUACCCUAAGCAGGAGGACUCGUAUGCUUUUGAGGAGUACAGCAGCAGUGAAAGUCUUUCCCCUGAGCAGCCUCACAGCGAAGAGUCCCAGAGUUGUGCCGAACCGCUCACGGAGAACAAGACCACCGGCUCGCCCUUACACACCCUGACCGGCACUAGCCAGGGGUCUCAUAACAAAGAUGCCGUUACUCAAAACCCAGAGGACAUUGCACAUGCCACAGACAACCAUGCAUCUCCACCCAUUCCAGUCCCUGCUAUAGUGAAGCAGUCCAAAAUGUCUGACAAGAACCGCCACAAAAAGCCCAAAGACAUCAAGCCUAAAGUGAAGAAGCUCAAGUACCACCAGUAUAUCCCACCAGACCAGAAGGCAGAAAAGUCCUCUCCUCCACCCAUGGACUCCGCCUAUGCCCGGCUCCUGCAGCAGCAGCAGCUUUUCCUGCAGCUACAGAUCCUCAGCCAGCAGAAACAUCAGCAGCACUCACAUUCCCAUCAGCAUCAGUGUCCACAGAGCCAGAGCUUCAGCUACCAGACCUUGAACCAGCACACACCAAAUAAGCAAUCCAGUGAGCAACAAACAUCAUGUAGUUCAAGUGUACCCACAAGCGGCGUAAACAGUAGCUCCUCGUCUCCUGUGAAGACCACCUACUGCAAUCCCACCUCCGUUACCCCAGUCAGACCAGGACCAUUACCUGCCAACCUAGAUGACUUAAAAGUAUCUGAGCUCCGGCAGCAGCUGAGAAUACGUGGCCUACCUGUGUCUGGCACUAAAACGGCACUAAUCGAGAGACUGCGGCCCUUUAAAGACUCCAGCUCCAGUUCCCCAUCGAGCUCUGGAGACAUCAGCACUGUGGCUUUCCCCAUGACCCCUACAGGAUCUCUGUCAUCCUACCAAUCCCCGAGUUCUUCAAGUGCCAUGUCUCAUGGUGGUGGCUACUACCCGUUCUGUAGCACCAGCUCCACUCCACCCAUCUCACCAGCCUCUUCCGAACUCUCCGUCAGUGGAUCCUUGCCUGAUAGCUUUAGUGAUGUCACCAUGUCCUCCCCACAUUUUGGCCUGCAGCCAUCCCCGGCCCAACUGAGCACAGAUGAGGGCCUUGGAGUGGGCUGCUUACGUGGGGAUGCCCAGACUGGAUUAGAGUCUCUAGGCCUAGAUGCAGAGAAGGAUAAGAUGUUGGUGGAAAAGCAGAAAGUGAUCGAGGAGCUCACAUGGAAGCUGCACCAAGAGCAAAGGCAAGUGGAAGAACUGCGGAUGCAGCUUCACAAGAGGAAGCGUGCCAACUGCCUCCAAGAAUGUCCUGCUCCAACUUCAGGACCCCUACCGCAACACAUGAUGCAUCUCCAGACCCCAGCGCCAAUGCAUCAGUUCUACGGAGUGUCUGUUAAACAGGAACAUGUGGCUUCAAGCUGCCCACUUUCAUCCAAACAGUUCAAAGGUGGCCCAAACAAUAGCUGCAUGGAGGGAAUGGGUCACUGUAGCCCUCACUGCCUUGAAGUGCCCUCUUCUGGAAGUCCUGCUGGCCUCUCAGCAUUUCUGAGCCCUCAGUGCUCUCCUAGAGAUUCCCCCGUAACUAAAAACUCCAGCAGCCCCCAGCCCAGCAGUGUGCCUUCAUCCCCCAAUCACCCAUACAUGCUGACCCCACCUCUGGGCAGAGAUGGUUGCUCUCACCAACUCCCUCAAAAUGGACCCAGACCACGCAAUAUGCAGUUACAGCAGAAAAAUGUCGGACAGACGGUGAGCUGUGCAUAUCCAUCUGACCAAAGAAGCUUGCAGCCUAUAUACCAAAGUCCUGUGGAGAACAACUUAAACCCAAGAGGGUUAUCCAAGGCCAAGAACGCUAACAUGCAGCAAAAGCAGAUGACCAGGAGCCAGCAGAUGGAUGAACUUCUAGAUGUCCUUAUUGAGAGCGGAGAAAUUCCAGCUAACGCCAAAGACGAGAGGUCACCUGUAACCAAAGUUGUGCCUCACCUUACAGUUUCGACGAGCAACACCAGCAGAGUGGCCGUACCAAAGUUUCACAGACACUUCAUAUCGCCCACCCUGCUUCCCUACGAGCAUGCCGCAGGUCACGGGGACGGCCACUUGGAGGCGCUACUGAGUCCAAUAAGCCGGCAAGGGGACCUGGAGGAGGCGGGGGAUGGCUUUACCGGCCCUCAACACGACGAGAAGUUGCUAAGCAAUCGUGAUAUGAUGGACACGCCUUUAUCGCCCAUGGCAACCAAAGUCUUACCAGUCACUGCUGAAAACCAGGGGCUGGGGAUGACAUUUACAGAGUCGCCCUGGGAAACGAUGGAGUGGUUGGACCUGACUCCACCCAGCUCUGCUACAGCAUUCAAUACCAGCAUGCCUCCUCCCGGACCGAGCAUCUUCAACGCUGAAUUCCUCGAUGUGACGGAUAUCAACUUGAACUCUGCAAUGGAUCUGCACUUAGAACAUUGGUGAGUUGGGCCAGACUUCUCCAAAAGCAAACGUUUCCUAUGCCAAAGCAUCACUAUGCACUUCGAUAAACACGAACAACACCCAAAGCCUUUCAAAAUGACCUGGACGAGCACACGAGCAGAAGAUGAAAACAUGGUUAGUUUCACGAUUCGGUCUUCAUGGUAGCUUGUAAAAUGAUUCAUAUCGUCCUAUAGCUUGGCUGGAUGAAAGCAUUACUGUUUUAUCAACGGUCCAUCAAAACUUGAAAGUUGUUUUGACUAUGGAUACUGGGAAAGAAUGUUUUUAUUACUGGAAAAAGAAAAAUCCUACGGAACAGAUUGGAUUCACGCAGGGAUAUCCAUACCAAAUUCAAGAGUGUUUUGUGAAACCAUUGUAAAUAUUCCACUCGAUACUUUGUUUUAUUUUGUCUGCACAUUUGUGGUGUGGUAAAACACAUAUUAAUGCAUUAAAUAUGUUCACGAACAUCAAACUCUAGUAUAUAUCACGUGUACUCUAUUAUGCUAUUGUAAAUAUUCACACACUUGCACCUUGAGUAGUAGGGCAUUUAGUCCUAUGUGUCACACUUUUGCUUAUGCAUUUCAUUUUUUGAGAGCAUUUCUUCCUUUUUUAUUUGCAUUUAAUUGUUUUAUUUAUUUAGAGACCUGAAACUUCUGUGUAAUGUGGUAUUCUUCAUGUGAGAGUGUAUUCUUCAUAUUCAGAAAGGAAAUGAAUAUUAUGACAAUCCAGUUCUCAGACUAUACAGUAUGUGUCUUCAUAAUCACUGGAGAAAUAAAGUGUAAUUGGAGCAAUCCAUUUUUUUGAAUUGUUAGCUGAAAGAUGAAAUCUAUCAAAUUCUUGCCCAAAAUGUUUUUCCAAAAUAUGUACCCAGCGGUCACUAGGGCAGCACCCUUUGAAUAGGUCCUAAUAUGUACCAUUAGUUACAGAUAUGUUAACCAAUUUUGGUACCAAAUAUGUACCUUGAGGUACUAAUAUGAAGUCGUUAGGUGCAAAGCUGUACUUUUUAAGAGGGUAUAGCCCAUUGACUGUAAAAAAAAAAAAUGCACGUUGUGUCUGUGACGUCACCCAUAGGUUUGUAAAGAGCUUUUUUUAAAGCCAAUAGUUGGCAGGGCUUGCCGUCACUAUCUAAUGCUGUGUUCAGACCAGUCGCGGUAGAGGCGUCAAGCGCAAAUGAUUUCAAUGAUAAGUCAUUGUGAAGAUGCGUUGACACGCCUCUGGAGGUCUCGUGGCGCGAAUGAGGUGUUUAGUGUGGUGCGGUAGACGUGAUUCCGCCUCAUUCGCGCGUCUAGUUCAUGUGAAUGGCGCGAAUUGAGCGUUGCCACGGCAAAUGCGCGAGUUGAAAAAUUUGAAUUUUGGGGGAAAAACGCGCUGCAUUAGCCAAUCAGGAGUUUGCUCUUGUAGUGACGUGAUUACAGAAGGCAAGCAGAAGCCCCUCCCAUGACGCGAAUUUCUGCGUGAAUGUCUCAAUGACUAGAAUUUCAUGCGCGAAUAAACUCAAAAUUUUCAAGUGGCAAACUAGACGCGGUAGACGGGAUUUUGACACCUCAAACACGGCUGGUGUGAACCCACGGUUACUGUGGUUACUGUGCGUUGAGGCGUCAAAAUAUUUUGAGUGUACUCGCUUCAUUCUUGCGUGAAAUUCUAGUUAUCGAGACAUUCACGCGGAAAUGUGCG